CACAGGAGGAAAAAGUGCAGGAAGCGUUGAGCACUUUAUUUAUCGCAUUCUUCACGUUCUUCCAACAGGCGAAGGAUUAAGAACACUCGUCACUCUUUGUCCGUAGAAAGUCUAUUGAACAUCUCAAGUAGAAUUAAAAAUAUUUUAUUCUUUCAGGUCUAUGGUUUCGUUCCACGAAUCAACUAGUAUCCUUUGUUGUUUAUGCGUGAGAUCACGUUUUUGCUCUCCCGCCGGUAUCAUUUAGCAUCGCUUUGAAUGUACAAAGAAAAUUGAUUUCUUUUGCUAUAAUAUUCAAUUUUUAAAGGUGAAAUAAAGUUUUGCAUUCACACGGGAGAAAGAAGACAGACGAUAUGGCGCAUUACGAUGCCGAUAUGGAAUCGGACUUUGAUGGGGCAGAGCCAGAGUAUACAAUAUAUGUGAAUAAUUUGCCACCAGAAUUAGAUAAGGUUGCUAUUAGACAAGUUUUUAGUCAGUAUGGUCUAAUUACGGAAAUGAUGUAUCCUAAUAAUGCCACAUGGGCUUAUAUUACAUAUAAAUCAUAUCGUGAAGCUGAACUUGCUAUACGUGAACUCAAUGAAAAGAAACCAUUAUAUUUAAAAGUUGCACUUGCGAAAGGAAGAUCUGUUAUAAAAAAGGAGGAAUCACAAAAAUCAUAUGUACCAAAAACUUUUGAAGGAAGCUCAAACGCAAGAGACUCUAUUGCAGAAACACUUUUGUCUACUUGCAGUGAUAUAAAACAUCAAAAGGGUGUAGGUCGUGGCCAAAUACUAAAUUCCUGUAGGCAAGAGAAUGGAUCCUCAUUAUCUUCUUUGCAUGGAUCUUUACAAGGACUUAAUGCUUAUGGUUUGGAGGAACCUUUGAAUACAAAUAGAUUAUGGUCGAGAGGUGUUGUAACUGUUACACCAGAUGGACGGAGACAUGUAGCACUUGGACGUGGUUAUACUCGAUAUGAAUAUCCAGCACCUGAGCCUAAACUUGAGGAAUACAUUGCAAAAGUAUAUGAAAAACGGCACAUGGGGUUAUAUGAACAUGGAGAGGACAAACUUGAAAUACGCAAGUGCUUUAUCUGUUUUAUUAAAACGACUAGAAAGUGUGAAAAAUGUAACACAUACUAUUGCAGUGAAUUAUGUCAAAGACGUGAUUGGCCUCGACAUAGAGUCGAGUGUGAAUGCAUACCAAAAUUAGUGGAAGAAACAGUUAAUGAUAUGUCAUUGCUGCAAAUUAGCAAAGAUGAAAAUCAAACAAAGAUAUCAAAACUAAAUUUAACAGGUAAAACGAUUGCACCUGAGGUGAAAUUACGGCGACCUAAUGCAUCUAAUACAAUGCAAAUGGAAAAUUCAAACAGCACAAAUGCAAGUCCUAAUAUGCAGCAAAAGAGUAAUAUGGAUAUGAACUCUUCUAUUGAUAAUGGGACCAAUAAUCAGGAUAUGCAUUUGUCUACUCGGCAUGAUAAUAAUACUAAUGCAUCUUGCAUUAAAACAGCAGAUCAACCAAUAUUAAAUACAACGAAUACCAUAGAUUUUUCUAAACAACAUCAGUCACACAGAUAUAAUAAUAGUAAAGGGGAUACUGAGAAGUUACGAAGAAGUGAUGAAUAUUCUUCGGCGACAUCUAAUUAUAAGAACCAAAAUCGUAGUAGUCAUCAAAACGGUGCUAUAAAGAAGACUAGUCCUAGGGACCAAGAGAGAUUCACUAAUAAUAGUAAUUUAAGAGAUAGAAAUUAUAAUAGUGAUAAAAAUCAAUCUUAUCAAAGGAACGAAUCGCAGAAUAACAGAAAAUUUACUGCUUGUAAUAGAGAAAAUGCCAAUAGAGAAGGAAAUAACAGUUCGAACAAUAAUUUGAUGAAUGACAAUAUAACUUUUUAUAAUGAUAUGUAUUUGUCAGAAACAGAAUUUACAGAAGUAGAAAUUUCAAUAUCAUUGAGCAAUGGUGAAUAUUGGAUAUGCAAAACGACGGAUACAGAAGCGCGUGAGCGUUUAAUGAUUAAGUUACUCGAUGUUGCAAGAAAAUCUCACAACGUACAGCCGAUUGUUGGUGGUAUUUAUGCUGUACUUUUCGAAACUGCUUGGCAGAGAGCUAUGAUAAUAUCCUUAAAUCCUACAAAGGUUCAUUUUAUUGAUUAUGGUAACGAUGAAAUGUUACAAAAAGAUGCCGAAAUCAGAGAGAUACCAGAAAGUUUGACUAAAGUCCCUAAUUUUGCUAGAAAAAUUCGCUUGUCAUCAACCUCAAGUGAACAAUACAAGAAUUUUAAAUAUAAUGAUAAAAUCUUAGUUAGAAUGUUAUCCAUAGAUGCUGAGAAAACGAUAAUAGUAGAUAUCAAAGAGCAAUCAAAAAAUAUAUUUCCACAUGUGAAAAGUUCUCCAAAUAUGAAUAAUGUGAAAGAAGAAUUUGUACGACAAGAAAACUUAAAAGCAUCAAAUGAAAGUAUAAACCUUUCCACGAUUGAGAGGCCUAAUACUUUAGAUAUUUUGGCUAAUUUGUUAACUCAGAAAGCGGAUACCAAACAUCUCGAGGGCUUUAUAAUAAUUAAUGAAUGUAUACAAGAGAAUAGAUAUGGUGCAACUUUGUUUCAAUCUACUCUGGAAUUAGAAAGGCUUUUCAGUAAUUUAAAAGAGGAUAACUUGAAAAUGCAAGAAUGUGCGCCCAAAGUAAACGAGUUGAUUUGCGGUGAAAGAAAUAAUAACUGGGUCAGAGGAUACAUAAUACAAUCUUCGACGUCAUCCGAUUUACGUAUGAUCGCAAUAGAUGAAGGUAGAAUUAUGACAGUAACCAAAAUUGUACCAUGUCCUAAAGAGUUACAAGACAUCUGUGUUUUUGGAGUAAUAUGUGAAGUAAAACAUCCAGACAAAUUGAAUGUUGAGGAUAUAUAUGAGUUCAGAGCAGUCGAGAAUGAACAAAAUUGUAAGCAAGAAAAUAUUACAUUAAAAAUAAGUAAAGACUCCGAAUUUGUAUGUGAAGCUGUGGUAAAAUCCUGGAAAUCUAUUAUACCAAAAAACUCAAAGCCACUUCCCGCACUUUCCGAAAUAAAAAAUGGAUCUAAGAUAUGUAUUACCUCUUAUCGAAAUCCUUCUACAGUGUUCGUACGUUCUCUGGAUGAAGAGGCAGUAGAAUAUUAUAACAAUAUUAUGCAAUGUGUUGCACAAUGUGCACGAACGGCACCGUAUUUAAAGGAGCUUCCAAAUAAUAGGCAGUCAGUCAUCGCGCCAUACUCUGAUGGAAAUAGUUAUCGUGCAAUGGUCGUAAAAACGCAGAAUGAUAAAGCUCAAGUAGUAUAUACAGACUUUGGAAAUGUCGACGAAGUUAACAUAAAAGAACUUCAAAUCUUACCGGAAAACUUGGCACUACAACGAAGUUGUUCAGCAAAGUUAAUUUUGAAAGAUGUUCCUUCCGAUAUUUCUGAGAAUGCAGAAGUAGACCUUUUCCUGCGCAAGUUAGCAGGCGAUGAAACACCCCUAACGUGUGUACACGAGGGUGAUCUAAAUGGAGUUUAUUUGACUGCAAUAUCUACAAAACAAAGUAUAAAUGAUGAGAUAAACAAGUUAUUAAUACCAAAUUGGAAGCGGAACAAUUGUCACGAUGAUAAAACUUGCUAUAACUUGAACCAUGUAGAAGUUGCUAAUUUAGGAGAGGUGGGUAAAACAAUAAAUGCACUUGUGCUACAUGUACAGGAAGAAGGUGGCUCGCUAUAUUAUAUGAGUCCUUAUGAUAUUGAACUGUACGCUUAUAUUACUGAAGUAUUGCCCAAUAUGCUAAUGGAAUACUGUGAAAAGACAGAACAUUAUAUACCCAGACAAAAUGAAUUAUGCUUAGCAUUGUAUCAAGGUACAUGGUACCGUGCAAUAUGCAUUAAUCCAAACCAAUCACAAACCACAGCUGAAGUUAUAUAUAUUGAUUAUGGUAACCAGGAGUCAGUGGAACAUAAGAAUAUAAGAUUAAUACCUAAAGACUUUCUUACACCCUCGGCAAUGGCAAAUAUGUGUAAAGUUGUCAAUUUGGCACCUGUCGACAAUACAGGAAAUUAUUCACCUGCUAUAAAACGAAGAUUGGCAGAGUUAAUACCAAAGAAUAAGGAACUGAUUGUGAAAAUCAAAAUUGUGGAAGUCAUUUCUCAACAAUCUGGAGAAUAUAAUAUAGAAUUAGUCGAGAUAAAAAAUAAAUUAAUAGAAGAAGGUCUUAUUCCGCCUUCAUAAGGUUUUAAUUUUCACUUUCAUAAAGAUUAAUAAGGAUGAUGUCAUCUUGUGUGAAGAUUAAGAUUUUAUUUUUUAUUUUAAAACAUUAUAUUGAUACAAUUCCAUUGACAUUUCUUAUCUAUUUUAAACUGUAAACACAUUUA